AGCAUGCUCUCCUCCGAACCGGACUCUGCGGAGGACACGGCGGCCAGUGCCCACAACGAUGCCGAGGGAGAGGAGCAGGAGGAGGAGGAGGAAGAGGAGGAGGAGGAGGAGAACUCACCGGCUGAGAGUGAUGUCCUGGAGGAGGAGCAGCGUCCAGUGCAGCAGUCCCUCGGUGCUUGUGUCUGCCGGGAGUCCCAUUGGCGAUGCCUGCUGCUCUCUCUGCUCAUGUAUGGCUGCCUGGGUGUGGUGGCCUGGUGCCAGCUGACCCAGGUCACCAAGAUCAGCUUCAACCAGCAACUCGCCUCUUCCUUCACGGCCUCCCUCACCUCCUCCCUGCGGGGGGCCUCUGGGAUGGGCGUCGGAGGCCACUCAAUGAUCUACCAUGACAGCCCCUGCUCUGAUGGCUACAUCUACAUCCCUCUGGCGUUCCUGCUCAUGCUCUAUGUAAUAUACAUGGUGGAGUGCUGGCACUGCAGAGCCAGAAGCGAACUGCAGUGCAAAGCGGACGUGGACAGCGUGUAUGAGCGUGUGCUGCGGAUGCGACAGGCCCAGCCCUGCAUAUGGUGGAAGGCCAUCAGUUACCAUUUUGUCAGACGGACUCGGCAAGUCACUCGAUACCGUAAUGGAGACGCCUACACCACCACGCAGGUGUACCACGAGAGGGUGAACACUCAUGUGGCCGAGGGGGAGUUUGACUACAGCCACUGUGGGAUGAAAGAUGUAUCGCGUGAACUCAAGGGCUUGGAGGGACAUACAGCAACUCGGCUGCGCUUUACUAAAUGUUUCAGCUUCACCGAGGCCGGUCCAGAGAAUGAUUACCUCAACCAGAGAGCCAGGUUCUUCUCUGAAAUUGAAGGUUUGGACGAUUACAUGGAGGCCAGGGAGGGGAUGCAGCUGAAGAACGUGGACUUCAGAGACAACCUGAUAGCUUAUGUAGACCCAGAUAGGAUGCCUUGGUACAGUUCCCAGGUUGCCUUCUGGCUGGCAGCUCUGCUAAUGCUGUCCUGGCCUCUGAGAGUGCUGAUAGAGUACCGCACUGCUUAUGUGCACUACCGCAUAGAGAAACUCUUUGGGUUGGAGUACAGUCACAGCAGCCCCUCUCCUUUAGAUGUAGACAGGCCUCUGGGGAGUAACACUGGCUGUGUUAUUCCAAGAGUAGACACACUGGACAGCACUGAAAUGGAGUGGCACAUACGCUGUAACCGCCAGGUGAUUCCGAGCUACUCCGAGGCCGUGCUGAUCAACAUGGGCACAGCAGACUCAUUACAAGACGCUGAAUACACCUCUUCCUCAAAUUGCUUCCUCCUGGACAACAGCAACCAUACGGCUCGGAGCUACGGCACCCUCCAAAGCCCGGACGACUGCGAGCAACGAAGCGAGCCGAAUGAACAAGGCGACGGAGGAGGCCGGAGGAGAACCAUCACUGGCUCGAGCUGCUCCUCCAUCUUUUCCUGCCAAGGAGCUCUGUUCCACUCCCACCCCUCCUCCGACACAUCCCGCUUCUCUCUCUGCCGCAUGUACGGCUCCCAUCGCACUGUGGCCCUGUGGAGGAGCCGCAGCAGCAACCUGACAGACCCCUGCUGCGUGGACGAGCAGUGCUGCCGGUCCGACUCCAGCCAGCUGGCGCUCAGCGACAGUCCGCCCAAUUAUAGAGACGCGCAGUUCUUCCCAGUCCUCAUUGUGCAUCGUUCUGACGGCUGCAGCAUUGUGGACGGGAGGGGACUGAGGCGUUAUUAUAUACGGAGGGGGUCGUCAUGUGUGGAGACGGCUCUGUGAAGAACAUAAAGACGCUUGAAUUAGAAUCAGUAAUAAUGAAUGGUGUAGUAGAGGUGGUCACUAUUUGCCCCAUAGACAAAAUUAUAUCAGUAAGAAUUUAUGUAGAAAAUGUGCUCUUUGAGGAAGUUUCUCUGUAAAUAUGAAGUAAAGGAAACAGACAGACCUUAUUUCAUUUUUUAAGACAGUCACCAAUGGGUCAAAGAGUCCUGAUAUUUGAAGGACAUGUCCGUGCACAUGUCCAGUUAAGUUGUCUCUAUGAAAAUAACUGCAGGUGCGGGACACACAGUGUGUUAUGUAUCUAAACACACUCUCCUUGUGGCAGCAACAGUCUGUCAGCCACAGGAGUGUGUACAAAGACAUAACUGUCAGAUCUGAUGAAAUGGUGCGAACUUGCCACUGAUACAUCAAAAUUGUAUGACCUCAGACCUGUAGUUUUCAUCAAAAUUUGUCUUUUUAAAAAAAUCACAGGAAACAGGACCUUAUCAGUUCUUACACUGACCUUGUAUGUGCCAUUAUGUGUGUGGGAAGACUUGUUAAAAUUGUGUCAUUUAGAGGUAUGUGUAAGAAUAAUAUGAGAAAGUUGCAUGUUAUUACCAAAGGUAUGUUUUCUUUUAGUUGGUUAGACAGCAAGGUGAAACCAAAGAGUGUGUUCAGUUGUUUUUCUGUCCAAAGAAUUAUAUGAAACCCUGCAAAUCAUCUACUGAUGGGAGAUCUGCUGAGUGAGGAACAUGAAUUGAAUGUCAAAAUGUCAGCAAUAAAAAGAAAAGAACAGAGGUCGGAGUUAAGUUUCCUCUGUGAUCGUGUUGAUCCGAGGUGACGGUGUCAGACACUUUCAGACUCACUGGAACCUCUGCUGUCCUCGAGUACAACUACAACUAAGAAACAACACACUGAUGUUGACUGACUUCACCCAACAACUUUCCAUUGUGGAUGCCAUACAGGAAAUAAACCAUUUAUGCAAACAAAAGUUUAAAUUCAGGGUGAACUGCGGAGGCAAUUCUGAUUAAAUACGUGAGAUAAUUUAAGGAUUAAAGCAGAAGAACAGAGGGAAGAUGAGAAGACAAUGAAAUAUGUGUAUUUUCUUUUGAAUGACAGUGACAUAGUUGGUCUCAAACUCCUAUUACUUUGUGAUCACAUGGGUCUCUUAUCAGGCUACAAACUCAAAUCAUUUUAAACUAUAUUAAUAUUUUCCAGGAAUUUAGGAGAUUUAUCUUCAUGACUGGUAUUUAUGUUCACACUGCAAUGGGGAGCAAUAAAGAAAGGUGACGUCGAGCCUUCAGGAAAAGCAAAAGGUCUAUUACAAAAAUAUACUGUCAGUGUCACAAGUAAAAGCACAGCACAAAAACACAGAAGUAUUAUCAGCCCGAUAUAAAUGUAGAAUGUUAUAUUACUUUACUGGAUUAUUUUUAGUUAGU